AUGCACUUCCUUACGAGUAUUACCGCAUGUCUGCUACCGGCCCUCGCUGCAGCAGCACCGAACAUUGACGUCAUUACCGGUGUGCGCUCUGAUCAUACAUAUGACCCGCGCAUCAUCAUAUCCGACAUUGCUGGAACCGCAAAAUGGACAUGGACCAAGGCCGACGUCGCUAACCAGUCCAUGCCUGCAGACCUGCGCAAGUGCAUGGAUGGCGCCUCUGCAACGGACGCCAAAUGGGUGAGUGGCGGCAAUGCUAUCGUCGUCAUCUACUCCUAUGCCGCGCUGCUCAUCAACCAUCAACCCGGCUCAGCCACAGACAAGCAGCUCCUCUACGGCCUGUGCCUCUCUGGCAAUGGUCUUGGCAACACCCACAGCCUCGAGCUUCUGCCCAAUAACAAGCUGGCCAUCGCCAACGACAACUCUGGCAUGAGCCAAAGCAUCAAUAUCUACAAUAUGUCGUCGACGCUCGAAGCGUACCCCAAGCCUGCCCAGCAGAUUCAUCUCAUGCCUGCUGUGCAUGCUCUUGUCUGGGACGAUAAGCGCCAGCUACUUUGGGCUGCUGGCAAUGAUCAGCCCCCCUAUGGCAAGGCGGAGUCUCGUGCUCUUUUAAAUGCCUAUCGCUUCAACGAUGGCACAAUCGACGAGACGCCGUACCACAGCUAUAACGUGUCUGCUCCGCUACGUCUUACUACUGAGAAUGGUAACGAUACAUUGUGGUGGGAGGGGUCGCAUGACUUAACCCCCCUGCCAGAUGAAGACAAGCUCAUUGUGACGACGGAUGCGGAAAUGUACUUGUUUGAUAUCGCAACCGAGACAUUCACGCACGGAGAGGCUGUCGCCAAACAGUACUUCCCAGGAUUCGAGUCUGUUGAUCGCCGUGUCGGCAGUGAUGGGGUCAAUCUCCCGCGAUCUGAUUUGAAGAGUGUCAGUGUUGUCGAUGGGAUGGCACUGUAUACGCAGGCACCGUGGACAAACACGUUUCCUACACGUGUAAAUGUUCUGGUUCAAGGCAAGAAACAACCCGAUUUAUAUUCAGGUAGUGCAUUGUACAAGUCGCGCUGGUUUACCGAAAUUCGUGGUUGGCCUAAACCUACUCUUGGAAACUUGUAG